AUGCCCGUGGUCGGUUUACUCGCCACGCGCGCGUGCGCCAUCGGCGCCGCCGCGUCCAUCGCCCGCCGCGGCGCCCUGGUUCGCGCCGCGCGGGCGCCCCUCAUCCAUCAUCGCCAGGCUCGCGCCGGGUGUCUGUCCACUCGCGCGGAGGUGGACCAGACGCUUAACCCGCGCGUCGCCGCGCUGCGCCCGUCGAAGACCAUGGCGCUGACGGACAAGGCGCGGGAGAUGAAGGAGAGCGGGUUACCCGUCAUCGGGCUCGCCGCGGGGGAGCCCGACUUCGACACCCCAGCCGAGAUCGUGCGCGCGGGGUGCGACGCCAUCAAAAACGGGCACACGCGGUACUCGCCCAACACCGGCACCGCCGCCCUGCGCGAGGCGGUGUGCGCGAAGCUCAAGGAGGAGAACGGGUUGGAGUACUCCCCUUCCGAGAUUGUGCUCAGCAACGGCGCCAAGCAAUCGGUGGCGCAGGGCGUGAUCGCCACGUGCGGUCCCGGCGACGAGGUCAUCGUCCCCGCCCCGUACUGGGUCUCCUAUCCCGAGAUGUGCCGCCUCGCGGGAGCCGAGCCCGUCGUCGUCACCACCACCGCCGACGAGGGCUUCCUGCUCACCGCCGACAAGCUCCGAGCGACGCUGACCGACGACUCGCGGCUGCUCAUCCUGUGCUCCCCUUCCAACCCAUCCGGCGCGGUGUACACGAAGGAGGCGCUGGAGGCCAUCGCGGACGUCGUCAGGUCGCACCCGAGGCUCCUCGUCCUCGCCGACGAGAUCUACGAGCACAUCAUCUACGAGCCCGCGAAGCACUUCUCCUUCGCCGCCAUUCCCGGCAUGCGAGAGCGAACGCUCACCGUCAACGGAUUCUCCAAGGCUUUCGCCAUGACCGGCUGGCGCCUCGGAUACCUCGCCGCGCCGCAGCACUUCGCCACCGCGACCGCCAAGAUCCAGGGCCAGACCACGUCCGGACCUUCGUCCAUCUCCCAGGAGGCGGCGAUGGCGGCGCUCGGUCUCGGCAAGUUCGGCGGCGCCCCCGUGGCGACGAUGAAGGCGGCGUUUCAAAAGCGUCGCGAUUACGUUUUCGAUCGGCUGUCGAAGAUCGAGGGCGUGAAGCUCGCGUCGCCGCAGGGCGCGUUCUACGUCUUCCCCGACGUCUCCGGCCUCGUGGGCGACGGGUGCGUCGCGGAGGGGUUCGGACCGAUCGCCGACGCCGACGCCUUGUGCGAGUACCUGCUGGAGAAGGCUCAGGUGGCGCUGGUGCCCGGGAGCGCGUUUGGUAACCCCGAGUGCCUUCGGAUCUCGUACGCGGCGAGCGACGAGACGCUGCGGGAGGCGCUGGAUAGGAUCGAGAAGGCGCUGGCGCCCGAGGUGUACGUCCGCGGAUAG